GAUAUACUUAUUUUACCGUGACUCUCUGGCCUUUAGUCAGCAAACAGAGGCCCACUCGGCACGGAGAACGUUGGCGGAGCCCUAAGUCCCCUAUUGCUUAGGCCUUUUUCCUUCUCGGAGAAGGAGGAGGGAAGGGGGUCUCUCCGGCCGCAGGAGCAGGCAGAGGGUCAGGGAACUCCUGGCGCAGCACCGGAGAGGACCCGAGCGCCGGGUCCCCGGGAACCAGACCCAAAGCGCAGCCCUCGGUGGGGGGCAGACGCGCCCUCCGCGCCGGGCGCUAGGAGUUCGCUCCGCUCGAUCUGGGCAGGAAGACGGUGAGGGAACCGGGGCUGCCCGGGGUGCAGGCUCAGGGAGCAGCCCGCGAGCGGGCUCCGAGGGGAGCUGGGCUCGGCGGUCGGGGACCGCGAAGGGACCAGCGGGCGGGGAGCGGGCGAGGGGCGGAGCUCCGAGGCCGGGGCCGCGGCGGCCGCCCAGAGGGGCUGCGGGGCUGCCGAGGCCGGCCCCGCGAGCGGCGCCUCUCCGGGACCGUGACCUUGGCGCCGGGAGUGGGGCCCGCUAGCCGUCCCGAGCCCAGCCUCGAGCCCAUCGUCGUGGAGACCGGAGUCGACGGGCCUGCGCUGCACCUGGUGAGGGAGCCCAGGCCGGUGCGCCAGAAAGUAUCACAGGUGGUUUUUACAUGAUGUGGCUUCUAAAGACUCAAGAACCACCCAUCUUACUACUCUGCAAUGGAGAAGGCAGAAAUGGAAAUUCAAACGUCGCAACUUCCAUUUUGUUAUUAGUCACCCUGUAGAUAUGUGCCCCCACUGCAGGGAGUGAACCGCACCAAGGGGGAAAGUUCCCAGGCCCCUAAACUACCAGCACUCUUGUCUCUCCUCUUGGAGAGCAAGUAGAACUAUGGCCUUUUAUAGUCGCUGUGUGAUUCUCUUGGCAUUUACUUGGUGCACUUCUGCCUAUGGGCCUGACCAGCGUGCCCAGAAGAAAGGGGACAUUAUCCUCGGGGGGCUCUUUCCUAUUCAUUUUGGAGUAGCAGCCAAAGAUCAAGAUCUAAAGUCAAGGCCAGAGUCUGUGGAAUGCAUCAGGUAUAAUUUCCGUGGGUUUCGCUGGUUACAAGCUAUGAUAUUUGCCAUAGAGGAAAUAAACAGCAGCCCAGCCCUUCUUCCCAACAUGACGCUGGGAUACAGGAUAUUUGAUACUUGCAACACUGUUUCUAAAGCCUUGGAGGCCACUCUGAGUUUUGUGGCACAGAACAAAAUUGAUUCUUUGAACCUUGACGAGUUCUGCAACUGCUCAGAGCACAUUCCCUCUACUAUCGCUGUUGUGGGAGCAACUGGCUCGGGCAUCUCUACGGCAGUGGCAAAUCUGCUGGGGCUCUUCUACAUUCCCCAGGUCAGCUAUGCCUCCUCCAGCAGGCUCCUGAGCAACAAGAAUCAGUUCAAGUCCUUCCUCCGUACCAUCCCCAACGAUGAACACCAGGCUACUGCCAUGGCAGACAUCAUUGAGUAUUUCCGCUGGAACUGGGUGGGCACAAUUGCAGCUGAUGAUGACUACGGCCGGCCAGGGAUCGAGAAGUUCCGAGAGGAAGCUGAGGAGAGGGAUAUCUGCAUUGACUUCAGUGAACUCAUCUCUCAGUAUUCUGAUGAGGAGGAGAUCCAGCAAGUAGUGGAGGUGAUUCAGAAUUCUACAGCUAAAGUCAUAGUCGUUUUCUCCAGUGGCCCAGACCUUGAACCCCUCAUCAAGGAGAUCGUCCGGCGCAAUAUCACAGGCAGGAUCUGGCUGGCCAGCGAAGCCUGGGCCAGCUCAUCCUUGAUCGCCAUGCCAGAGUACUUCCAUGUGGUUGGAGGCACCAUUGGAUUUGCUUUGAAGGCUGGGCAAAUCCCAGGUUUCCGGGAAUUCCUGCAGAAAGUCCAUCCCAGGAAGUCUGUUCACAAUGGUUUUGCCAAGGAAUUUUGGGAAGAAACAUUCAACUGCCACCUCCACGAAGGUGCUAAAGGACCUUUACCUGUGGCCACCUUCCUGAGAGGUCACGAAGAAGGUGGUGGCAGGAUAAGCAACAGCUCCACUGCCUUCCGACCUCUCUGUACAGGGGAAGAGAACAUCAGCAGUGUGGAGACUCCUUAUAUGGAUUAUACACAUUUACGGAUAUCCUACAAUGUCUACCUAGCAGUCUACUCCAUUGCUCAUGCCCUGCAAGAUAUAUAUACCUGCUUGCCUGGCAAAGGGCUCUUCACCAAUGGUUCCUGUGCAGAUAUCAAGAAGGUUGAAGCUUGGCAGGUCCUGAAGCACCUACGGCACCUAAACUUUACCAACAAUAUGGGGGAGCAGGUGACUUUUGAUGAAUGUGGCGACUUGGUGGGGAACUAUUCCAUUAUCAACUGGCACCUCUCCCCAGAGGAUGGUUCCAUAGUGUUUAAGGAAGUCGGAUAUUACAACGUUUAUGCCAAGAAAGGAGAAAGGCUCUUCAUCAAUGAGGAGAAAAUCCUGUGGAGCGGGUUCUCCAGGGAGGUGCCUUUCUCCAACUGCAGCCGAGACUGCCUGGCAGGGACCAGGAAAGGAAUCAUUGAAGGGGAGCCCACCUGCUGCUUUGAGUGCGUGGAGUGUCCCGAUGGGGAGUACAGUGAUGAAACAGAUGCAAGUGCCUGUGACAAGUGCCCCGAUGACUUCUGGUCAAAUGAGAACCACACUUCCUGCAUCGCCAAGGAGAUUGAGUUCCUGUCGUGGACAGAGCCCUUUGGGAUCGCACUCACCCUCUUUGCUGUGCUGGGCAUUUUCCUGACAGCCUUCGUGCUGGGUGUCUUCAUCAAGUUCCGCAACACGCCCAUCGUCAAGGCCACCAACCGAGAACUCUCCUACCUCCUCCUCUUCUCCCUGCUCUGCUGUUUCUCCAGCUCCCUUUUCUUCAUCGGCGAGCCCCAGGACUGGACGUGCCGCCUGCGCCAGCCAGCCUUUGGCAUCAGCUUUGUGCUUUGCAUCUCAUGCAUCCUGGUGAAAACCAACCGCGUCCUCCUAGUAUUUGAGGCCAAGAUCCCCACCAGCUUCCACCGCAAGUGGUGGGGGCUCAACCUGCAAUUCCUGCUGGUCUUCCUCUGCACCUUCAUGCAGAUUGUCAUCUGUGCGAUCUGGCUUUACACCGCCCCGCCCUCCAGCUACCGCAACCAUGAGCUGGAGGAUGAGAUCAUCUUCAUCACAUGCCAUGAGGGCUCGCUCAUGGCACUGGGCUUCCUGAUCGGCUAUACCUGCCUGCUCGCUGCCAUCUGCUUCUUCUUUGCCUUCAAGUCCCGGAAGCUGCCAGAGAACUUCAAUGAAGCCAAGUUCAUCACCUUCAGCAUGCUCAUCUUCUUCAUCGUCUGGAUCUCCUUCAUUCCAGCCUAUGCCAGCACCUACGGUAAGUUUGUCUCUGCCGUGGAGGUGAUCGCCAUCCUGGCAGCCAGCUUCGGCUUGCUGGCCUGCAUCUUCUUCAACAAGGUCUACAUCAUCCUCUUCAAGCCGUCCCGUAACACCAUCGAGGAGGUGCGCUGCAGCACCGCCGCUCACGCUUUCAAGGUGGCAGCCCGGGCCACACUGCGCCGCAGCAACGUCUCCCGCAAGCGGUCCAGCAGCCUCGGGGGCUCCACGGGAUCCACACCCCCGUCCUCCAUCAGCAGCAAGAGCAACAGCGAAGACCCCUUCCCACAGCCGGAGAGGCAGAAGCAGCCGCCACUGGCGCUGACCCAGCAAGAGCGGCAGCCACGGCCGCAGCAGCAAUCGCAGCAGCAGCCCCGCUGCAAGCAGAAGGUCAUCUUCGGCAGUGGCACUGUCACCUUCUCAUUGAGCUUCGACGAGCCUCAGAAGAGUGCCAUGGCUCAUAGGAAUUCCAUGCACCACAACUCCCUGGAGGCCCAGAAAAGCAACGAUACCCUGAGCCGACACCAGGCCUUACUCCCACUGCAGUGCGGGGAGACACACUCAGCACUGAGCACCCAGGAGACGGGCCUGCAAGGGCGUGUGGGUGGAGGCUGCCAGCCAGAGGCCGAGGUCCCUGAAGAGGUGUCCCCAGCACUGAUGGUGUCCAGUUCACGGGGCUUUGUCAUCAGUGCCGGAGGCGGCACUGUCACCGAAAAUACACUGCAUUCGUAAACUGGAAGGACACACCCAGUCCAGGCAGGACCCAGAGAGGUUUCUGGGAUCACAUUCUCUGAACAGGCGUGAGGAGUCACUACUUGGAGGAAAGAAGCAGGACACGCGCAGGCCUCAAGCUUAGUUGCACUGUUUUAAAUGACAAUGAGAAGACUGACAUUCUCUCUAAAAUUAAAGAAAGAAGAGCCGUGUGCUCCUGUGGUUGGACUGUCGGAGUGCUGAGGACGCCACGGUCACAUCUUCUGCUUGUCUCUCCCUCUGUUCUGUCCCACCAACAAACCAGAGAUGAAAAGGCUUUAUGUGACCCAACUGCUCCCUCCUUUUUUUAACAUUGAAAUGCCUGCCCUAAACAUUGCAGACAGCCUGGCCGAGGGACAAAAGUGCACAAAAUGACAGGACACCAGAUUGGCCACCACUAGAAUUAAGUCUGAAAGACAAAAUGUCAGUAGUGCUUCCGGGCACCUUGGCAAUGAGAAGAACUUUAAAUGUUCAAAACCAUAAAGUGAAUGUGUCCCCAACCUAUUUAUAAAAACCAAAAGGUAUCUGGUCACCUACCUGCUGCUGCUAUCAUGUGACAUCUAGAAGGUUAGCAUCCCUCCUAUACCAAUACAUCUGGUUUUGUCCAGAAUGUAGCAGUAAUGCCAUAUUUAGAUUCCAGGAUCACAAGAAUCACCUCAAAUUGUUGGGAAGGGACUGCAUGAAUCCAAUGAGCUGUUAUCUGUAAUUAAUACUGUUAUAUGUACCUUUAUCCUUUAAAAAAUACUUCUGUUGUAAUAGCCCAUGGACAAUAUAAACUGAAAAUUGUCACGGUCUGGUUUAUAUAAGGCAGUAUUACUGAGCUCCGUGUACCUUGCCCACCCCACCACCCUCACCCCCAUGAGCAAAGCCCUAUGUGAGCCCCAGGGGUCCAAAAGCUCCCCCAUCCUUGCUCCCAAGGCUUCCUGAAGCCAGAUCUGCACCUGCUCUUGCAGAGAACAAGCUCCCAUCAUUGGCCCCUACAAGUUGCUGGGUAGGAAAGCAUGGUUCCAAGAACCGUCUCAUGGGACAUUAGCCUGGCACGCAAAUGUCAUAACUACAUUCCCUCCACUAGUGGGGGUCUGCCAGUCAGUAGUUAAAGGGGUUGAGUGACAUACUGCUGAGCAUUCAGGCUCUGCAGGCAGAGAGACUUGGGUUCAAGCCUAAGAUUGAUUCACUUACAAGUUGGGUGACCAAGGCACGGAACUUUAAACUUGCUAAGUCCCAGCUUCCUUGUCUCUAAAAUCAGGGUAAUCACAUUCUUUUCCCUCAGAACCCUUAAGUGGAUUAAAUGAGGUCAUGUAUAUAAAGUACUUUAGCUUGGUGCCUAGCACACAGUAAGAACUCAAUAAAUAUUAGUUAAUAUUAUUACUGAUAUUUUUUCACUUGCUUAGACUAUAAAACAAACUUUAUUUAUUUACCAUUUGGACUUUAAUGAUUAGUUCACUGUUCACAAUAACUUGCUCCAGAAUAAGCCCUAAAACUCUGGGGCCCAGUUCAGGUGGUCAGCCUAGUAACACUGGCUCAUGGUGAAGAAGCCAGAGCGUCAGUCACUUCCCUGGGGGCCCCCAUGCUCCACCUCUGUGGUGCCAGCACCUGGACCUCCAGCACCAAGGGAGAUCAUCACCAGUCUGGCAGUAAUUUCUCAGAUCACUUUAAGCAGAGGCCAAAAUAUAGCAAUUACAUCUGUGUGAGGCUCAAACUUUGCAGCUCUUGAUGACUUCCUCCAACCACUUUUUCCAAAGGGCUGCCUUUUCAAAAUUUUUAAAGGAGCUUGUUGAUAUGAUGGUUGUUAAUGUGGAUAAAAAGGCAUUAGGAGACCCCUGUGGGAGCACAACUGUGAGACACAGAGCAGGGCUCACCCAGGAAGACCCCAGAGAGGCACCUGCUUCCCGAGCCAGGAAGGGCGCUGGCCCGGGCACGCCUCCGCACAAGGCACACAGCUGAGUGAGCACUUACGUGUCACAUCUUACUUAAUCCUUAAAAAAAAGAGAAAGCAAGUCUGAUGGCUUGGUUUUUAUGGGUCAAAAUAGC